AACAUGAGCCAGCAAAACCAGAGUGAGAACUGCUCCUUCCAUGACGUGGAGGUGCUGAUGAAAACCGUGCAGCUGGCUGUCCACACCCCUACCUUCCUCCUUGGUCUGCUCCUCAAUCUGCUCGCCAUCCGAGGCUUCAGCUCCUUCCUGAAGAAGAGGUGGCCCUGCUACGCUGCCACCUCCAUCUACAUGAUCAACCUGGCGGUCUUCGACCUGCUGCUGGUGUUCUCUCUCCCAUUCAAGAUGGCCCUGUCUCACGUGAAGGCUCCCCUUCUUCCCCUCUGUACCCUAGUGGAGUGCCUCUACUUCAUCAGCAUGUAUGGGAGCAUCUUCACGAUUUGCUACAUCAGCCUGGACAGAUUCUUGGCCAUCCGGUACCCGCUCCUGGUCAGCCACCUCCGGUCCCCCAGGAAGACCUUUGGGAUCUGCUUCACCAUCUGGGUCCUGGUGUGGGUGGGGAGCACCCCUAUCUAUAGCUUCCAUGGGAAAGUGGAAAACUACACGUGCUUCCACAACAUGUCUGACGGCACCUGGAGUGCCAAGGUCUUCUUCCCUCUUGAGGUCUUCGGCUUCCUUCUUCCCAUGAGCAUCAUGGGUUUCUGCUCCUCCAGGAGCAUUUGCAUUCUGGUCGCCCGUCGGGACCACACCCAGGACUGGGUCCAGCAGAAGGCCUGUAUCUGGACCAUCGCGGCCAGUCUGGCUGUCUUUGUGGUCUCCUUUCUCCCAGUCCACCUGAGUUUCCUCUUGCAGUUCCUGGUGAGGAAUGGCUUUAUCGUGGAGUGCAGAGCCAAGCAGAACAUCAUCUUGUUCCUGCAAUUGUCCAUGUGUUUCUCCAAUAUCAACUGCUGCCUGGAUGUUUUCUGCUACUACUUUGUCAUCAAAGAAUUCCGCAUGGACAUCAUGGCCCACCAGCCUUCCAGGGUCCAGCUGGUCCUCCAGAAUACCAUGACCACCAUGGCUAAGGGAAGAAAGCUGUGCUUGGAGGAAGGAAACCUCAGUCUGAAUUCCAUAGCAGAUACCUCUUCCUAG